AUGUUGGAUGCAGUUCUUCUGGCGCUAUUCUUGCCGUGUCUCGGCAUGACCGCCAUCUUCCUAGUCUACAUAUGUCUUCUCUGGUACGCUACUACUCACUCCACUACCGGAAUCAUUAUCAAACCGGUCACCAACACCGGUCUUUCCCCUUCUGAACUCCAAAAGCUACCUACUAUCACCGGUAAACAUCUCGUCGCUGGUCCCGAAUGCGCCGUUUGUCUCGACGACAUAAGCGAGGAACAAUCAGCACGUGUGAUUCCAGGUUGCAACCAUGCUUUCCAUUUGGAAUGCGCUGACACGUGGCUUUCGAAACAUCCUCUGUGUCCUGUUUGUAGAGCUAAACUUGAUCCUAAACUCUUUGUCGAUUCUUCUCAAAAUCCAUGUUAA